AUGUCUAUACAGCGUUCCGUAUUUUCGGCACUCUUGGCCUUUUUGGCGUUAGCUAACACAACCUCAGCCAGUACAGAGGCUUGUUUGCCAACAAACCAAAGGGAAGAUGGGAUGAAUAUUAAUUUCUAUGAGUACGCGCUAGGUGAUACUGCCACGUACACGGAGUCCACAUAUAUGGGUUAUGAAUAUUCCGAUACAAAGAAGUUAGGUUCUAUUAGUGGACAGACCAACCUGUCAAUAAAUUAUAGUCCGCCUUGUGUGAGCAUUCCUACCUGUACGAGUUGGGCGGUUAUAAGGCGUGAUGAUGGUGAUAGCGAUGAUCCUUGUGGAGAACCUGAUGUGAAUUAUACGAAACGUGACGACACCGACACUGAAUACUGUGACCCAAAUACUGCCUAUUGGAGUUCCGAUCUUUUUGGUUUCUAUACUACUCCAACUAAUAUAACUGUGGAAAUGACAGGGUACUUUUUAGCACCGGAAAAUGGUUCCUACACAUUUUCCUUUGAUACUGUUGAUGAUUCCGCAAUUUUAUCAAUUGGAGGUGACAAUGCAUUUGCUUGUUGUGAACAACAGCAAUCUGCCCUUACAUCUACCAAUUUCACGAUCGACGCAGUUGGCGGCAAUGGCGGAUCUAGUUCAGAGGGCUCAGUCUACUUAUAUGCAGGUUAUUAUUAUCCAAUGAAAAUUGUUUUCUCGAAUGCUGAAGAAUCAGCAACGCUUCCAAUAUCUGUGUCAUUGCCAAAUGGUACCUAUGUUAUGGACGACUUCGAAGGAUACGUUUAUUCCUUCGAAAACAACCCAGCCCAGGCCGACUGUACUGUUACAGAUCCGGCAAGUCACACAAUUGAUGCUUUGUCAAGAACCAGAACUCAAGCAUGGACUGGAACAUACACAACAACACAAAUACAAACGUCUACGUACACCGGUCUGAACGGUUUGACUACAGAAGAGACAAUUUUUGAAAUUCAAACACCAACUGCCACUAGCUCAUCCGUAAUUACUGAUACGUACAGCUCGGCAGGUACCACAACAGCUGCUAAUAUAACCACUAGCACUUCCACAUCUUCUGAGACGGCGACUUCUAGCUCCACUACUAUCCCAACAAGCAGUGACGUAACGACUUCAAGUCAGAGUGAAGUAAUUAGUUCUUCCACAACUUCUAAUUUAACCAGUAGCUCUGUCACAACAUCUUCAACCGGGAGUGUGUCUAUGACUUCUACCGUUACCUCUGAUUCAAUCACCAGCUCUUCUUCAUCAUCCACUAUCCCAACAAGCAGUGACGUAACGACUUCAAGUCAGAGUGAAGUAAUUAGUUCUUCCACAACUUCUAAUUUAACCAGUAGCUCUGUCACGACAUCUUCAACUGAGAGUGUGUCGAUAGCUUCUACUUCUAUCUCAGAUCUAACCACUACCUCCUCUUUAUUGUCAACUAUACCAACAAGCAGUGAUUCAACUUCUUCAACUCAGAGUGAGCCAUUGAGUUCUUCCACAACUUCAAUUAAUUCAACCACCAGCUCUGGUACUACCUCCUCAACUCAAAGUGUGUCGAUAACUUCCCCAGUUUCUUUUGACACAACUUCCACCAGUAGCAGCGCAUACUCGACUGAGGAAGAAGUUACUAGCUCUCUCAUAUUCUCUACUUCUUCAAGCACCGCCAUCACAACGUCGUCUACUCAGCCUUUAAUUACAAGUUCUUACACCUCAUUUCUGCACAGUAUUACCCCUAUAUACCCCAGUAAUCAAACUGUGAUUACAAGCCCCUCUUCCUCCAUUACUUCCGAGUCUUCUGAGCCAUCUGAAUCAUCCAAAACAGUAGUUACAUCCACUUCAAGCCACUCCGGAUCAUCCACUUUAGAUGCAGACGCCCGUACUGCUUCUACAUCAUCCGAGGGCCUAUUUAGUAGUCUUCCCGCUACUACUGGAGCCGCUAGCAUUGCAUCUUCCAUAAAACCUGCAAGUUCAAUUACUAGUGCCUCAACAACAUCAAAUGAUUUCAUCAGUAGCGCUUCCGCGUCAAGCACCCAUUUAACCACUAGUAGUAGUUCUGAGUUCUUCAGUCAAACAGAUGCUCGUAGUUCUUCUUCAAUUAGUUCGAAGGGUCAAGAAACAAUUUUAUCUUCAACGAGAUCUUUCACUGGUUCUGAUUCCAUUAAAUUCUCUGAAUCGUUUAGCUCGUCUGUUAUUUCAUCUGCUGGUUCAACCACUGAAGUAUCCAGCAGCCAUAUCAGUGCAAUCAGCUCUUCUGAAACUUACUCCAAAAAUCACGAGGUUAGUUCUGCUCCAACCUCUUCUGGAUCGUUAAAUCACUCUAGUUCUUUGUCCAUCUCACCAUCUACCACCGCUAGUACAGCUUCUAGUACCCCUAGCUACCAAGCUGAAACUCUCAGCUUUACCACUAAAGUAAAAUCCUCUAUGAACGAAUCUUUUACUUCAUUUUCUCAGCCACAAACAACUGAAGACAAAAUUACUUCAACACCUUCAUACGUUACUACCGCUGUGCCAAAUUCAGCUCCAGUUACUACAGAAAAAAGAGAACGAACCACUUUUGUCACCAUAACUUCCUGUGAGUCUAACAUUUGUUCCAAGACCGUUUCUCCUGCCAUGGUUUCCACUUCUACAACUACUGUUAAAGGUGCCGCUACGGAAUACACUACAUGGUGCCCAAUUUCCAGUUCAAAGUCAACAGAACGGACAACGCUGGUCACGGUUACUUCUUGUGAGUCUGGAAUUUGCUCUGAAACUGCCUCUCCUGCUAUCAUUUCUACAGCCACUACAACCGUUAAUGAUGCUGUCACAGUGUAUACUACAUGGUGCUCACUUACAACAAAUGUUGAAGAUGAUACUGCCGGACUUAACACUAUAGUUGGUGGUACUUCUACUAUCUUGAAAGGUAGCGAAACAAAGACAACAACUAACACAAACGAAGAAUAUUCGAUUUCAGGAUCGGAAACACAUCCAGCUACUGUAACCAACGCCAUUACUCAUAGAAACGGUGUUAGUUCCGCAUCACAAACUUCUAACACCGAGGUCCUUGGAGCUACUUACUUAACUACUGUCUCCCAACAAUCCCGCACUACUUAUGCAAGUAGUGUUCUAGCAUCUAGUACUGCCUCUGUGGAAAUAUCGAGCUACGUUGGUAUUGCGAACAGCUUACUAGCUAAUAGCGCUAUAAGCAUUUUCAUCGCCUCGGUAUUGCUGGCAAUCGUUUAG